UUGUUAAAUCUACUUUUUGGCGACACGAACAAGAACUUUCAUUGAAAUGUUCUGCGGGUUUUUAUUAGUUUGUCUAUUAACUGUAUUAAUCAUCGCCAAUGCUGCCAAUGUGCCGCGUUAUGUAUCCCAUAAGAACUGUAAUAAUGUCAAAAGUGGAAGGAUCAUAGCCCAUCCUAACAAUUGCUCGCAAUACAUUGUGUGUAAUGGCUUGCGCUCAACUUUGGGUGAAUGUCCUGAGGGUUUGUAUUAUAAUCCUGAAAUGUUAUCCUGUGACAAAAUGAAGACUCACUGCCGUAGCAAAGAAACUAUGUUGGAAAUGAACGCAACAUCGAAUGCACUAGAACCUAAUAAGGACAAAACUCCAGCGAUGUUAACAACGAAACAACCGCCCACAACAACAACUACAAUGGCCCCUACCACACCAUUUAUUCCACUUUAUGCCGAUGGCCGUCCUCUAUGUACUCUGUGGCAGGAUGUGGAAUUUCCACAUCCGCACAAGUGUUCCUUCUAUUACAAAUGCUUCAAAGGUUUUCUGAUAAUACGCAAAUGUCGCCACGGACACAUUUGGGAUUGGAUAGAUCAACGUUGUGUGCCAGAGCCGCUGGGCCAAUGUUAUGCUCAGAAAAAUGCUCUGAAAAUGAAAAGUACAGCCAAGCAAGGGGAGGAUGGUUAUGUGCGUGUGGAAAAUGAAAUAGCAUUGUAUUUUUUGAAAAUGUAUUUUGAAAAUCAAAAAUAAAUUUGAAAGUUUUUUUUAUACCGGGUGAGACAAAAAAACUGCAAUAAAG